AUGCCAUCAUACGGAAGUCGUUCCUUUUGGAACAAAGGUUGUGCAACUAAACACAGAUUCUCUCUUCAAAGAGGAAUCAUAACCAAACUCCGCGAAGAUUACAUAGUAUCUGAGCUAAUCCUCAAUACAGAAAAGUGUAAGAUUCAACAUGGUCAUUGCAUAGAUCCGAAUGCUACGGUUAUUUGGACGGUACCUGAACACAAUCGUAAUUGUGAGUAUCGUCAUAGUGGUCCGUUUCGUGGAAUCUUGAGCAGAGAUAUUAUUCUCAUCGACUCCUUGGAUAGUGCUUUCAUUUUCAAGAAUGAAUCAGUCAUUGAUCAACAGCUUUCUUGUUUUAACGUCACUCCAUUCGUAACUACAACAAAGGUACUCCUCACGUUUCCCAAUUUGCCUCCUAUUCCAUCUAUAUCAAUCAUGAUGAAACAUUUGGCACAGAUGGAGGUGCAGAAACAGCAAAGAAAGAAACGCAGUAUUGAGGAGGGACCUGUUAUAAUUGAGUUUGAACGCGAAUAUCAAAAUUUCAUAGCAUACCCAUACUUACGAAGAACGCUAGAUCCUUUAGGAUCUAUCGAACUUUAUAAAAAGUAUGUGAUACGGAGGGCUAACAUUCCUUCAUAUACAGUGGAUCGGUUGUUCCGAUUCGAUCCCAUGAUGACUGCUAGGUUAAGACACUUGAACGUUAGCCACGAUCAUGUCCGAAAUUUGGUUAAGCAGUGGGAUUACGUGGAUGUUAACCUUGCCGUUAUUCAUGCGUUCGCUUUAAAAGAAAUGGAGAUUGUUACAAAUCAAGCGAUUCAAAUCAUUCCUACAGAUGAACUUAUUCGUCAGGUAGGACAGCGCAUCUUGGCUGUUGAUUUCAUUGCACAAGCAGAGAAGAGACAAUCAUCCAUGAUUGCAUUCCUUCGUGAUUUGGCACUUGAAUUCAGCUUGACCCCAGCAAGACUGUGGAACAACGAUUACGUUCCCAGCCAAACUGACAUUCUAUCUGCGUUUUUCCCUCCGUUAGUUUACUCGUUGAGGACUUCGGCGAUGAGUCGGAAACAACUAGAGGUUGCUGAGAAACUCAUGACCACCAUCACUAAGAUUGUUCAAGAUGGUGGAGCCACAGCAUCUUCCAUCAAUGCUGAGAAUGAAUAUAUUGAACGCGUGUUACAUCAAAAUGAAAAUGUAACUUUUUUUAAGAAUCUGGCUAAGCUUCCACAUUACCCAACGUUAUUCUAUAACAGGGAGGCUAAGUAUGGUUUAAAAGUACCAAAAUCUUUCUAUGAUGAGUCAUAUGAGAUUAUUGUUCCUUCUACAUCUCAGGAACAUCAGAUGCGAAAAUAUUUCAUCGAAGCAAAGAUGAAGGAUCUUAAGGUUGCUCCUAUCACUCUUGCUCCUCAACCUCUCGUUCAGACUACUUCACGUCCUAGACCUCCUCCGGUUCGUCUAGAACAAAGACAUGAAGUAGCACGACCUCAGUCGAUUCCAACACCGUGGACUACUACAUUGCCACCAGUAAAAAUAACACAAGGGCCUAUUCCUUACGCUAUCCGUUUGGUAGAAAAAGAGCUAGAUUCUGAAAGGAAUAUAGCUAUGAAUCGCCAAAGGACAGCAAUGCACUAUGGAUUUCAGUCUAUGAGAAAAGAUCUGAUAUCCGAAUUUCAUAGAGUGUACGAACACAUAUGUCAUACACAAAAUGAAUUCAUUAAGCAUUGGCAGGCCAUAUUACGCAUUAAUCCUACGGUUGGAAUAAGAUCAUUGCUGCAACGCAAUGAUAUCUCGGCACAUUUUGUGAACCGAGACAUUCUUAACAUUCAUACGUGUGUUCCCAUAGAAGUAGAACACAUUUAUAACAAUCAUACGUAUGAAGGGAAAUGUUACAUGGAUACUCCAGUGAAAGCAAAAACAGGAAAGCUGUACUUUGCUUUUCCUGGAUCACUCGACCUACAACAAUCCGGUAUUAAGAUAGACUGUGGUAGAGUUAUUCCUAACGUA